AGCCAGUGCAUAUACCCAUCGAUCGUUUCUACGAGCAGGGUUACUUUUGUCUUCGUACAGCGUCAUUGAAAAAACAUGGCAGUAGACUUUCUGAGUUUUGCUUAUGCCUCGACUCUCGCUGCCGGAGGGAUACUCGGUUAUGUGAAAGCGGGUAGCCUUCCAUCCCUUAUGAUGGGUUUGGCUUGUGGUGGACUAAUGUGUAUUGGUGCUUACCAAACAACAAAUGACCCCAAAAAUGUUGCAUUGUCUUUGGCUACCUCUGCAGUCCUAACGGGUGUGAUGGGAUACAGAUUCUUCAAUUCUGGCAAGUUCAUGCCUGCAGGCCUGGUGGGCACUUUGAGUUUGCUGAUGGUGUUGAGGUUUGGGUACAGAUUGAGCCAACAGUAAUACUUCUUUGACAGAAAAUAAAUUGCAGUGUCAUCUAACUAGUAUGGACGUUUGGUCUUUUUCAAUGCUGAUAUGUCUGAAGCAUCUUGGGAUCCAAAGGAAUAGAAAUAUAAUUUUUAUGUAAACAUUUAUUUUAAGAGAUCUUAAAAUUUUGCUAAUUUUGUCUUGUACAAUAGCUCAUUAAUUUGUAUGUCAAAAGAAUUUUUAAAUUGUAUGCAAGAUUUUUUCCAUGCUGAAAUAAAGAUACCUGUGAU